AUGGCGGCCCGCAUCAGUCUGGAGUGGCUGUGGGGGAAGCAACAUCAGAGGCGUGCUACAGGAGUCUCCUACCGUGUCCCAAACCGAGCAGGAAAGGUCUUAAAAGAAGAUCUGGACCAGUUUGAGCUGAGCAGAUACUGUGCUUCAGAGGAGGCUCUCCUGAGGCUGCUGCCAGUGGUCAAGGCCUCCACCAAAGCUCUACUGAGCCGCUGUGAGCUGUCAGACAGAAGCUGUGGAGCUCUGGCCUCAGUCCUCAGCUCCCAGUCCUCUAGUCUGAGAGUCCUGGACCUGAGUCUCAACGACCUGAAGGACUCAGGGCUGAAGCUGUUGUCUGAUGGACUGAAGAGUCCUCACUGUAAACUGGAGACGCUCAGACUGGAGCAUUCUGGAGGUCAGAGGUUAACUCCAGGACCCAGAAAGUAUCUCUGUGAUCUCACUCUGGAUCCAAACUCCGCUCACACAAACCUCAAACUGUCUGACAACAACAAGAAGUCCAGGUCCUCCUCCUCUGGGACAGUGGGAGUCUUUGUGGACUGUCCUGCUGGGUCUCUGUCCUUCUACACAGUCUCCUCUGAGGGACUGAUCCACCUCCACACCUUCAGCUCCACCUUCUCUCAGUCUCUGGUCCCUGGGUUUUGGCUCCUGGAUGAAGGCUCCUCAGUGUCUCUGUGUCCUGGGUCUGAGUGA